AUGGCACUAGGAGAGGCCUGCAAAAGUGGAAACAUGAAAAUGGCCACAUUUCUACUGAAAAAUGGUAUGGUGGCCGACGGACUGGCGAGAGCAGCUGGGGCGGUAAUUAACGUGGCUAUGAUCGAUCUACUACUUGACUACGGCGCGGAUAUCUCUGCUAAUGAUGGCGAAGCUUUCAGAGCAGCAGGUGGAGCGAGAUGCAAAAAGGUUACGGCACGUCUGCUUGAAGAGUCCAUGAUGUCUUCCGAACUAACGAAUCAUCUCGGGGUUGCAUUGCAACAAGCGGCGUGGUAUGCUGGCCUUCCUUUCGUGAAGUGGCUAGUCGAUGUGCAAGGUGCCCCCGUCAACCACGUCGGUCCACCAUACGCAUCGGGGAUCUCACCUCCAUCACUUCUCAUACGAGCUUCUGGCAAGCUCAAUGGCAUAGGCGGUCGAUAUCAUACGCCUCUACAAGCCGCCGCCUUCUUCUAUCCGGAGAUGAUAGGCCCGUUGCUAGAUGCUGGAGCUGAUGUGAACGCAAGAGGCGGCCGCUUUGGCACCGCGCUACACGCCGCCGCCAUCAAUCACGAUUUAGAAUCCGUUCAACUGCUACUAACUCAUGGAGCCGAUGCAAAGAUAUCGACGGGCAAGUACGGAUUGGUGUUGACUUGUGCCGCCAAAAGCAACAGGUCCGGACACCGGGACCGCACCUUAGUGAUCAUGGACCUAAUCCUCGAGGCAGGAGCCGACGUGCAUUGUACGGGUGGCAAGUACGGAUCUGCGGUGCAGAUGGCAGCGAAAACUGGUAAUGUGGUCGCAUUGAAGUGGCUAGCGAACCACGGUGCGGACAUUAGGGCCAAGGGUGGGCGCUGGGGAGAUGCUUAUAGAGCAGCAUUGAAGGAGUCGAAGAUAUGCGGGCGCACUGAAAGGGUAGUUGUGAGUUGGCUUGAGCAGCAUUAUGGUAGACAAGGCUGGGAUUAG